GACAAUCUCGCUGUUCCCAGUGACUCCUCGUUGGGCUCGCUGACAACCUCAUGUUGGGUGUCAACAAGGGUUUGUUGCCUGUUUGGCGAAUUUGAUUCGUAAUCGCGCUUUAAUUCAUAAAGGCCAGCAUAUGCCACUUUUCAAGCCAAACGUGCCACAUUUCCAUCAAAUUUGAAAAUCUUUUCGAAUUUCCAUCAUUCGGCUGUGGUAGUCAAUCGUCAAGCUAGUGCGUGGCGUGUGGUUAGAUUGAGCCAUGUCUCAGGAAUGGGAUGUAGCGCCUGCUGCAGUUGUGACAGACUUUGUCGAGCGCGUCUUGCAUCUUGCUCACAUGGCAAUUGUGAAAAACAUCACCCGCCCAACAACGUACCGCUCAACACCCCGCCAAAUCUGUCCGCGGUGCAUUCCUGACUGCCCUGGAAGGCUUACUCCUGGCGACGACCCUGUCGCUAAACUGGGAGGGCCUCGCUGCGAUUCCCGGUUCGGCAUCACCUUCAGAUCCUACCUAGGCGGAUUGUAUGUCUUGUCUCUGCUGCCGUCCACCGGCCUUGAGCAUGCCGGAAAGGUUACUCGCUAUCAUUCGGCUGCACUCUAUGCUAUUUUCUUGCUCUUGUCCGCCGUAACCAGUGGUGCUGAUUCCAUCGCUACCAAUGUAUCAUUAUCUCUGCUCAUCACUGCGUUGCUUUCGCCGCGCCCGCACCAGAAGGAUGGCCCUCCUGAGUUGGACGCGACGGGUGAAUCUCAGUCCAGCAUUUUGGUCUUUGGUCGUUUGCCUGGCUAG